AUGCUUGCGUCGACUAUCUCCCUGCCGUCAGCGUCGUCAUCGUUGUCGUCGUCGCUGUCGUCGUCGUCGUCGCUAGUUCAACGAGCGCCAACUGGAGCUCGCAGCAUUCCGUUCGCGACGACCGGGCGACCGGGGAGUGGAUUCGGGCGAAGGAGAGCGGUGCUGGUGACAGCAGCCACAGGCGCCGGGGCGAAGGGGUUCGGCAAGGCGGACGACGGCAAGAGCCGGAAGCCCAGCCCCAGCAAAGGCAGUGGGCCCCCCAAGCAAGAUGCGGCCAUUCCAGGCGUCAAUGAAAACGAGUGGGCGCCAGAUGUGUCGGCGGCGCAAGAGGUGUCGCAGAGGCCCUCCCGUGCUGCCUCGGACGAUGACCGGCUGUUUGAGGAGCGCCUGAGGGAAGUGCGCCGGCAAGCGGAGGAGAAGAAGCGGGCAAAGGUGGUGAGGAGCACAGCAGCCAUAGACUACGACAACCCGCAGACAGAGCCCCUGGUGGACACGGCUGCUCUCACCAAGGACCUGCCCACUAAGGGGCAGGGGAGCAGCACAGCAGCCAUAGACUACGACAACCCGCGGACAGAGCCCCUGGUGGACACGGCUGCUCUCACCAAGGACCUCCCCACUAAGAUUGGCAUUGGCAUUGCUGCCACGGUGUUUGCUGCCAUAUUUGCCUUCGGAGACAUUCUCCCCGAGCCUUCCUCCCCCCCGCAGCAGCAGAUGGUGGAUGCGAGUGGCAUUGCAGUCAACAAGAUGAGCGACGCUCAGAGGAAGCAGCAAGAGGACCAGCUGCAGGAGUUUGAGGGGCGGCUGGCGGCCACACCGGACAACCGGGAGGCACUGGAGGGAGCUGCAGUGCUGCACGCAGAGCUGGGGCAGUAUAAGGAGGCGGCUCAACGCCUGGAGCAGCUCAGCCAGAUUGCCCCGGAGGACCCCGAGGUGCAGCGCCUUCUGGGGGAGGUGCGAUUUGAGCUGGGCGAGUAUGGCGCCAGUGCUGCGGCUUACAGGCGAGCUGUCAAGGUGUCGCCUGUGGAGUCUCUGGAGGUGCUGCAGGGGCUCACAGGCGCUCUGCUGGCUGACAACAAGCCGCAGCAGGCAGUGGACGAGCUGCUAGCCGCGCGACAGCGGGUGGAAGCGGCAGCAGCAGCAAGAGCCGGAGGAGAAGCGGUGGAGGAGGGGGUGGCGGACGAGGUGCAGGUGGCGCUGCUGCUGGGGAAGGCGUAUGCAUCGUGGGGGCGGCCGGGGGAUGCUGCUGCGGUGUACGAUGGGCUCAUUGCGUCCCGCCCGGACGACUUCCGAGGCUACCUCGCCAAGGUCUGUUUGUAUGGGAUGACUUAG